UACACUUCAUGAUUCACAAAUGAAGCAGCUCUCUCUGGACCGGAUAAUCCUCACUGUACACUAGAGAAACUGAAAUUCAUGAGUGGAGUUCAGAUUGAUGUGAUUUAUGGAUGAUUCACAAACAUUCAGAGAUGGAGAUUAUACUCCAGGAUUCAGAUCAGAACAGAAGAGAUCAGACUCAUGUGAGAUCAGUUGCGUGUCUAUGAAGAGUGAUGCGUCUAUGGGGAAACCACUGACAUUUAAGGGUGAAGAUACAUCACCUGAUCAGAGAUCAGCUCAUCAGAAGAGAUCAGACUCACCUAAGAUCAGUUGUGUGUCUAUGAAGAGUGAUCAGUCUUUGAUGGAACCACUGAAAUUUAAAGACACAUCACCUGAUCACAGGUCAUUAAUGUUGUCUGGAUCAUACUCAUCAGAUCAGAUCAGAGUGUCUGUGAGUGAUCAGACUAUAAGUGAUCUACAGUCAGAUGAAAGAGACUCUCAUAGUUCCAGUUAUUGUCGUCAUCUUCCUGAAGUCCUCAACACAUUCAGAUCAAACCUGAGGAAGAAAUUUGAGUGUUUGUGUGAAGGAACAUCAGAUGAGAGAAACCCAACACUGCUGAAUGAGAUCUACACAGAGCUCUACAUCACAGAGAGUGAAAGUGGAGAGAUCAGUAAUGAACAUGAGGUGAGACAGAUUGAGACACAAUCCAGGAGAACAGCAACAGAGGACACACCAAUCAAAUGCAAUGACAUCUUUAAAGCUUUACCUGCACAAGACAAACCCAUCAGAAGUGUGCUGACAAAGGGAGUCGCUGGCAUUGGAAAAACAGUCUCUGUGCAGAAGUUCAUUCUGGACUGGGCUGAAGGGAAAGAGAAUCAGGACGUCCACCUCAUAUUUCCACUUCCUUUCAGAGAGAUCAAUCUGAUGAAGAACCAAACACUCAGUCUUUUACAUCUUCUUCAUCUUUUCUUCCCAGAGACAAAAGAAAUGGAAAUCUCCAGCGGUGAAUAUAAAGUGUUGUUCAUCUUUGAUGGUUUGGAUGAGUGUCGUGUGUCUCUGGAUUUUCACAGCAGUGUGAGGUUGUGUGAUGUCAGUGAAUCAGCCUCAGUGGACGUGAUGCUGACAAACCUCAUGAAGGGGAAUCUGCUUCCCUCUGCUCUCAUCUGGAUCACCUCCAGACCAGCAGCAGCUGAUCUCAUCCCCUCUGAGUGUGUUGAUCGAGUCACAGAGGUACGAGGCUUCACUGACAAACAGAAGGAGGAAUACUUCAGCAAGAGAAUCAGUGAUGAGAGUCUGAACAACAGAAUCAUCUCACACCUGAAGUCAUCCAGGAGCCUCUACAUCAUGUGUCACAUCCCAGUGUUCUGCUGGAUUUCAGCCACUGUUCUAGAGAGAAUGUUGAGUGAAGCAGAGAGUGAAGGAGAGAUCCCCAAGACUCUCACUCAAAUGUACACUCACUUCCUGAUCAUUCAGACAAACAUCAAACAUCAGAAGGACUAUGAGAAGAAAGUGAAGAAUGAUGAAGACAUGAUCUUCAAACUGGCCAAACUGGCUUUUGAGCAGCUUGUGAAAGGGAACCUGAUCUUCUAUGAUGAGGACCUGAGAGAGUGUGGCAUUGAUGUAGCAGAAGCAUCAGUGUACUCAGGAUUGUGCACUCAGAUCUUCAGAGAGGAGUUUGGCUUGUAUCAGGGGAAAGUUUACUGCUUUGUUCAUCUGAGCAUUCAGGAACAUCUUGCAGCUCUUUAUGCUCACAUCUCCAUCAGAAACAACAAGAGAAAUGUGUUUGCACAAGGUCCUGAAGUGACAGUUAAACAAAGAAAACCUGAAAUAUUAGGUUGGUUUUCUACAAUUCUGGACAUAUUUAAAUCACCAGUUUUACUAUGUGAGUUUCAUCACAGAGCUGUAGAUGAAGCUUUAAAGAGUCAGAAUGGACAUCUGGAUCUUUUCCUGCGUUUUCUUCUGGGUCUCUCACUGGAGUCCAAUCAGAUUCUCUUACAGGAUCUACUGACACACAUGAGAAGAUGCUCCUACAAGAAAGAGAAAACUGUUGAGUACAUUAAACAGAAGAUCAGUGAGAAUCUGUCUCCAGAGAAAUCCAUCAAUCUGAUUCACUGUCUGAAUGAACUGGGUGAUGAUUCACUGCUGCAGGAGAUUCAACAUUAUGUGAAAUCUGAAUCAGUCGGAAAAUCCAAACUCUCCUCUUCACAGUGGUCAGCUUUAGUUUUUGUGUUGUUAAUGUCUGAACAGCAUUUGGAUGAACUUGAUCUGAAGAAAUUUAUUGGAGGUCAAAAUAAAGCAGAUGAAGUUCUUGUGAAACUGAUGCCUGUGAUUAAAGAAUACAGAAAACUGAAUUUGAGUCAGUGUAAGAUCACAGAUGAAGGUUGUGUUGCUCUGACUUCAGCUCUGAGAUCAAACCCCUCACACCUGAGACAUCUGGAUCUGUCUGAUAAUAAUGUAGGAGAUUCAGGAGUGAAGCUGAUCUCUACUGUACUGGAGAAUCCUCACUGUAAACUGGAGACACUGAAGUUGAGAGAGUGUAAGAUCACAGAUGAAGGUUGUGUUGCUCUGACUUCAGCUCUGAGAUCAAACCCCUCACACCUGAGACAUCUGGAUCUGUGUGAUAAUAAUGUAGAAGAUUCAGGAGUGAAGCUGAUCUCUACUGUACUGGAGAAUCCUCACUGUGAACUGGAGACACUAACGUUUUGGAGGUGUGAGAUCACAGAUGAAGGUUGUGUUGCUCUGACUUCAGCUCUGAGAUCAAACCCCUCACACCUGAGACAUCUGGAUCUGUUUGGUAAUAAUGUAGGAGAUUCAGGAGUGAAGCUGAUCUCUACUGUACUGGAGAAUCUUCACUGUAAACUGGAGACACUGAAGUUGAGUUGGUGUGAGAUCACAGAUGAAGGUUGUGUUGCUCUGACUUCAGCUCUGAGAUCAAACCCCUCACACCUGAGACAUCUGGAUCUGUCUGAUAAUAAUGUAGGAGAUUCAGGAGUGAAGCUGAUCUCUACUGCACUGGAGAAUCCUCACUGUAAACUGGAGACACUGACGUUGAUGAAGUGUAAGAUCACAGAAGAAGGUUGUGUUGCUCUGACUUCAGCUCUGAGAUCAAACCCCUCACACCUGAGACAUCUGGAUCUGUCUGAUAAUAAUGUAGGAGAUUCAGGAGUGAAGCUGAUCUCUACUGUACUGGAGAAUCCUCACUGUAAACUGGAGACACUGAAGUUGAGAAAGUGUAAGAUCACAGAUGAAGGUUGUGAUGCUCUGACUUCAGCUCUGAGAUUAAACCCCUCACACCUGAGACAUCUGGAUCUGUGUUAUAAUAAUGUAGGAGAUUCAGGAGUGAAGCUGAUCUCUACUGUACUGGAGAAUCCUCACUGUAAACUGGAGACACUGACGUUGAACUGGUGUAAGAUCACAAUCACAGAUGAAGGUUGUGUUGCUCUGACUUCAGAUCAGACUCUAAGAGAUUCAGAAGUGAAGCUGAUCUGUGAUGUACUGGAGAAUCCUCACUGUAAACUGAAGACACUGAAGUUGAAUCGGUGUAAGAUCACAGAUGAAGGUUGUGUUGCUCUGACUUCAGCUCUGAGAUCAAACCCCUCACACCUGAGACAUCUGGAUCUGUCUGAUAAUAAUGUAGGAGAUUCAGGAGUGAAGCUGAUCUCUACUGUACUGGAGAAUCCUCACUGUAAACUGGAGACACUGAAGUUGAGAGAGUGUAAGAUCACAGAUGAAGGUUGUGUUGCUCUGACUUCAGCUCUGAGAUCAAACCCCUCAUACCUGAGACAUCUGGAUCUGUAUUAUAAUAAUGUAGGAGAUUCAGGAGUGAAGCUGAUCUCUACUGUACUGGAGAAUCCUCACUGUAAACUGGAGACACUGAAGUUGAGUCAGUGUAAGAUCACAGAUGAAGGUUGUGUUGCUCUGACUUCAGCUCUGAGAUCAAACCCCUCACACCUGAAACAUCUGGAGCUGUUUGGUAAUAAUUUAGGAGAUUCAGUAAAGAAGCUUCUCUGUGAGCUGAGAGAUGAUCCACAUUAUAAACUGAAGACAGUGGUGCCUCACAGGUGAUGACACUAAGGUGUGUGUUUAAAGGUGUGUGUGUGUGAUCUUCAGUAUCAUCAGAUGGACAAUAAGAAGACAACACUAUAGUGACAUCACAGACACACAAUCAACACACACUGAAGACACAAUAACACCUCACACUGACAACACUGUUUGAAAACAAUCAUUCACACAUUCAGUUUCAUAAUCCUGUGAUAGUCCUGAUGAAGUGACUGAAAAACUUCUUCAACAAAAGAAAAUGAUGUUUCACAAUAUUGUCAGGACAGUAAACACACACAAAUGUUGUGUAAACUCCAGUAGAUUUAAAUCAAAUAGAGCAAAUCUAGUGUGUGUGUUCAGAGAUGUACAGUAAAGAUCAUCAUGUGUGUGACUCACUUUAUCAACCAAUAAAACAAAUGAACUUAAGCGUCACAACAUCUGAAGAAGGAUCAGAAAUAAGAAAAGAUUGAAACUUUGAGUCUGAAUCCUGAAAGCAUUGAAGUAAUGACUUCAUAUUAACAUUAUUAUUAUUUUAUUUCACUUUUACAAGAUGGUCACUAAUGUAAACAAAAUCUAUGAGCUACACAUUUACUUCCAAAAUUAAGAUCAUCUCUCUGAUAGUCACAUGAUCAUGUUGUUAAAGGGAUAUUACACCCGAAAAUUCUGUCAUGAAUUACUCACCCUCGGGUUGUUCGAAACCUGUAAAUGUCUUUGUUCUGUUGAACAUGAAGAUAUUUGGAAGAAUGUAAGCAACUGACAGUUCUGUGGCACCAUUGACUACCAUAGACAUUAUUGUAAACAUCAUUACAUUAUUUUAAACAUUUCUUUGUUCUGUUGAACACAAAAGAAGAUAUUUUGAAGAAUUUAGGGAAGCAAACAGUUCUGUGGCACCUUUGACUAUAAUUUUCAUUUUUCCUACAAUAGAAGUCAAUGGUGCCCCUGAGCUGAUAGUUGCUAACAGUAUUCCAAAUAUGUCAAUAGAACAAAGACAUUUAAACAGGUUUGAAAAAACCCGAGGUUGAGUAAAGAAUUUUAAUUUUUCUGCAGACUUUCCCUUUAACAGAUUUUCUGUCUAAACCAUCAAACGACAUUAUCAGAGAUGGAUCAUCACUUCAGAACAGAAGUAUAUUCAUAUAUUUUUACUAAAGCUUGCAUAGACAAAGACAUACAGAAAUUACAGCUUAGCAAUUUUAUUCAUUGUGUAUAUUGUGUGUGCGUAGUAUACUCUAUGUGCAUUUGUGUGUAUUAUACACUGUACUUUUAUGUCAUCAGAUUUUUAUUUUAUAUAAAUUGUUCAAAACAUGG